AUGUCAAAUUGCUCAAAAAUGGUAGAGGUGCCGUGCCGUCAAUAGAUGUCACGUGUCCUGACUUGCCUUCUCAAUACAAACAAAAAUACUCUCUACCUAAAAAAACACAAUAAACAACAAACGCAUCUUUGGAGCGGCGGUGAGAUUAGAGAAGAAGGGUUUGUGAAAUGGAGUCCAGUGAGGAUGUGGAGAAUCUGAGUAGAGCUAUUGAGAAGCUUCUUCAUGAGAAGAGGAAGAGAGAAGCUUCUGGUGACGCCUUCAUUGAAGACGCUGAUGAUCAGCUUUUCCUCUCUAGCCUUAUCUCUCAGUUGGAAUCACCAAACCCCAAGGGGAAAGAAGAUGUCAUAACCGGAGAAGAAGAAGAAAAAGAAGAAGAAUCUGCAGAUUCUUCACCAUCCAAAGGAAAAAGCGAGGGCCAGAGACAAUUGGAAGAAAGUAUAGAAGAAAUAGCUAAAGACAUCAAGAAGGUGAAGAAGCAGAACAAAAUAACCCAUGUACUUCUCUCGGCUACGAUCAUCCUGACAUUGGUUUGGCAGCUCUCUGAGUACUCCAUGAUUUUCAUGUUGAAAGAUAGAAUAAGCCACCCAGUCAGAUCCAUCGGAGGUAUGCUUAAUGGAAUGUUCAAAGGUAAGUUACGUCCAAUCAAGAACCAACUUGCGGGGACUUCCAACUCCAAUGACCAAAACAACCAUGGGAAUGGAUCACACACUGGACCUCAACUUCAAGUGCCCGAGCUGUUGCGAGAAUUCGGUUUCGACGAUGAAGAAUGAUAGCUUCCCUUUGUGACUCAAUAAUACCAGUUGUUAUUUAGGAACAGGGGUCACCCUCAUUGUUUCUUUGCUUUUAGUAUAAGUAGUUUACUUUUAUAUGAUCAAAAUGCGAAAGAAUAGUUGCUUUCUCAAACUUUUCCACAUGAAAAAGGGUUCCAAAAGAGAACCGUAUUU